AUGGUAGCGCGCGGUCCUCCUACUGCAGAGAUGCUCGAGUCCCUUGGUGCUCCUCUUACUCGGUACACCCCCAUGAAGUUCUACAUACACAUCCGGGACCCUAUCUUCAAGAUGAGAUCAGAUAACUAUGAGACAUCAACUAGUUGUACCUUGUCGCCGCAACUCGGAGAAGACUCGGGCGGCAUCGGUGUUCUGAUCCCCCACCCACGUAUUCCCGCAUCACCCUUCGAUUGCCUUAUACCCGGGACUCGACUCGCCACUCUAUCGAUAACCACCAUCAUCGGCCGUAUAGUCAGAGGAGAACCAGGAGAUGCAGUUGUCGAGAAUCUGGAUGUGUCAGUCGACGUCGAUAAACGGGGACACGGCGGGUCUCCCGAUAGGCUUCAGACUGAAGGCUUCUUGGGGCUGGAUGCGACUAGACCAGACCAGUGUCCGCUCUUCAGGAACGAGGAGUCCUCAAUACGAUCUCACUAUUCUCUUUCCAGCCUCUGUUCAGCUGGGGAAGAUACGCAUCGGCCCUAG